AUGGCCGUUGCAAAUGGGGUGAACGGAGCGAAUGGGGCCGCAGCCGCCAACGGGCAGCCGAAGGACGCCUACUCCAUGGAAGCCGAGACAAGGAAGUCUCUCGCAAGCCUGCUCCAGCUGGCGAAGACGCAGAUCCCGGCCGAGUGCAGACAUGUGAUCGAGAAGGCCACCUUCACCACCGACAACACAGGAAGCCCGUACUUCCCUUGCCCGUUCAAAGAGACCGAGGCCACGUCGGCCUUGAAGGCCGUUGAGGCAGGCAUGGCCGCUGCCAUUGCCAACCUGAUGUACGGCGAGAAGGACAGGAAAAUCACCGUCGAUCUUGACCGCGCCUCCUCUUUCCUUUUCUCCGCAUACCUCUCGACCGUGGAUGGCAUGAACAAGGCGCAUCCGGACGUGAAGUCGAAGCUGAAAGACACCGACCUGCUGCAGGCGCAAUCCAUUCUUUACCGGAGACUGUCCGCGAAUUUGUACGAGACCAAGAAUCCGGGCGAAUACUUCCACCUCCACGGUUCCCUCGAGGCAACAACCGCACUGAACAUGAUUGGCUUGGAAGGACACAGGCCGGAUAUGACGGAUUACAAAAAGUGCAUUGAGCUCAUAGAAAGCCACGUUAGGAAAUUUACCGCGGAAGAGCUGGAGAAGAUGAAUGCGGAGAAGAAGCAGGCUGGAGUAACGGCUUUGAAGUGGGAUGAGUUUAAAGAGACAAAUCAUGGCAAGACGUUGCUGGCAGAACCCCCGUGGAGAGUUGAGCAGAUCGAGUCGGAUUCUCCGCCAGUGCCCUUCCCCGGCCUAUCCACCGCGGCACCGAAGCCCCAAGUUCUUGCUGGUAUCAAAGUGUUGGAGCUCUGCAGGAUCAUCGCAGGCCCGGCAAUGGGUCGCGGCCUGUCAGAGUACGGCGCAGACGUGAUCAAGGUCACUGCGCCAACGCUUCCCGACGUGCCCUUCUUCCAGGUUGACGGAAACUUGGGCAAGCACACGGCGGACCUGAACUUGAAGAGGGACGAGGACCGCAAAGUGUUUGAGGAGCUCCUCGAGACUGCCGAUGUUAUUUUGGAUGGCUACCGCCCCGGUUCGCUGGAGCGUCUUGGAUACGGCCCAAAGCAGCUCGUUGAACUGGCCAUGAGGCGCAAGCGAGGCAUUGUUUACGUGGCUGAGGACUGCUUCGGACACGUUGGCGAGUGGGCAGGCAGACCGGGAUGGCAACAGAUUGCGGACUGUGUGACGGGCAUUGCAUGGGCGCAAGGCGAGUCAAUGGGCCUCAACGAGCCGGUGGUGCCUCCGUUCCCCAUGAGCGACUACGGCACUGGGUGCAUGGGCACGAUCGCCGCGCUCGUCGGGUUGUACAAGCGCGCGAAGCACGGCGGAUCUUACCAUGGAACAACGUCGCUCUGCCAGUACGACAUCUUCCUCCUGCAGCAGGGCCUCUAUUCGAAAGAGUUGAUGCAGACGCUUCGGAAGGUGCACGACCCAGCGUUCUUUGAGUUGAGGCACUACGACUCGGUGGAUGAAGUGGGCAAGCGGGCGCUGAAGACGAUGAGGCUCACGCACCCCGAACUGUUUGAGAGCAAGCAUCUUUUUGAGAGCUACAGCAAGGGUUUCAGUGCGCCUGUCAAGUUCGUGCGGCCGGUGACGGAAGUGGAGGGCACGUGGAACGGCUUCUUGCGCCAAUCGAGGCCAAACGGAUUUGACGCGCCAACGUGGCAGGACUGGGAGGUUGACGAGGAGAUGCUGAAGUGCUGA